GUUCGCCAUCUAUGCUGUCAGUUGAAUUAGUGCUGUUUGUGACAAGAGUCGCAGGAAAAAUGUAGUUUUCCGGUGUUUUUCGCACGCUUUUAAUCGUAAUUCUUUCCCAAGACGCACUUUGACAUGCAAUGGCAACGAAACAGAGCAAUCGCGAAAGGCAGGACAAUGAAUUUGAAGUGAUUCAGUCAAUAUUCGGGCAGGACGUGACUGAUUUGCGCGAAAAGGGACAGGGAUGGAAGCCACUGGAUCUCAAGCUGAUGCUUACGCCUCUGAUGGGCUCAUCGGGAGUCACAGAAGCACAUGUCAGGACAAGUCUUCACAUCACAUGCACUUCCAAGUACCCCAAAACUCCUCCAAAGUUGGCACUGGAAGAUAGCAAAGGGCUGUCGGAUGUUCUGAUUGAGGAUUUGCUGAAAGAGCUGCAGAAGCAGGCUGCAGAGCUCAAGGGAGAAGUCAUGGUCUUUGAGCUGGCUGAGACAGUGCGUGCUUUCUUGCAUAAGCACAACAAACCCCCUCCGGGGAGCUUCUAUGACGAGAUGCUGAUGCAGAAGCUGAAGCGUGAUCAGGAGAGGCUGAAUUGUCAGAAGAUGAAGGAAGAUCAGGAGCAGCAAGCCCUCAAGGAUGAAGUAAAUCGACGGAAGGAGAUGCUAAAGAAUGAAUCUCGCAUGAGGAAGGACACCAGGAGGAGUAUCAGUGAAUCAAGUCCAACGCACCAUGGAACACCUACUUCCUCGGACGUCUCGGAGUCCUCCUGGCCACACUUCCGAAGCUACAUGUAUCCCAACGAAUGCACGGAGCACCGAAAGGCCGAAAUCAUCUAUUUCCGGGGAGCUGGGAGGCAGAUCCAGAGAGGAUGCUGCCUCGGGCAUUCACAAAAAGGCUGCGUGGCGUAUUCCGGGAUUGACCUGGAGACCGGGCAACUGCUCUAUAUCACCGAGUGGAACAUCAAGUACAGCAUGAUCGAGGCUAAAGGGACUGAAGGGAAGGUCAACGGGUCAAGUGCCGUAGACGACGUCAUAUCAAGUAAGUAGAUAACAAUUUUAUUUGGGCAUUUCAAAGGAAAGGGCAGAAUGUUCCCAGAUCAAUUUGAGGUUAAUCCUUCAUUUAAAUUCAAAUAACAGCAGUGGAAAUUUCUAAAAGUGAGGUUAUGUUGGCUUGACUUUCCGAAUUAAGGUUAUGCAUUAAAUGCCAUGGUAAAAAUUUAACAAAGUGGCAUGAACUUUACAAAUUAACUCCAGAUCUCUGCUUUUCUUUUUGGUGAAGAGGUUAUGUUUCAAAAUUUUAGAGUUUCGUUGCAUUUAACCUCAAAAAUCGGAUUUUUGAGGAAAGGAGACGCCUAAUUUAUUUUGAAAGCUAUUUCUAGUGACUUGAGAAAGAAAUCGUCAUUCGUCAUUUUCUCUUUAAAAAUUCAUUGAAAGUUAAGGAUAUUUUAAAAAAUUAACCUCAAAAAAUUUCCAACUAAAAAAUAUAUAUAUCUUGCAGGGUUAAGUCAAACCCCAGUUUUUACCGUCUUAGAUGAAUAAAUCAGACAAAAGAUCAAGAAUUUUAGGUAUUGGACCCAAAUUAUAUUUUUGGCAAAGCGUUUUCUUUUGAAAUUUUAGGUUAUGUUUGACUUAACCUUGAAAUUCAAUAUUCCCAUAUUAAAGGAAGUGAUCUAAUAAAACUUUAAAAAUUUUCUGGACAUGUAAAAAAUAAACGACAUCGUUUGCGUCUUUUUUUUUAUUCCAUUGUAACAAAAAAUACCGAAAUCUAACCACAAAUUUUUUGUUCCAUGGAAUUUUCACUAACUUUUUCACUUUUUACACUUAAUUAGUGAUAAAAAUUGCGUUUGGAUGGAAAUUCUUCUGGUUCAGGAAGUUAUGUUCGCCAUAACCUUAAAAAUCAAAACAUUUUUUUUUUAAAUAAUAAUAAUAACAUAUUAAAUUCACAAUAAUAAUACCGUCAUUCCUCUGACAAUUGUGAAAAAAGAGAAAAAAAAACAAAGAAAUAUGACAACAAAUCGUAAAGCAAAAAAAAAAAAGAAA